AGGAGAAACUGUGCGUUUUGCAUUCAAGUCUCAGUUGUAAAGCAACUUUUAGGGUCAUCAAACGCUUUAUAGCGACCCUUUUGUAACUUUGCGCGUCAAAUAUAUUGAUUUGUGUAUCAAAAUGUCAAAAACACGUUAUUAAAAAGUGUCUCGGAGUUGUUUCGUUGUGUUGUUGGAAUUUGACUCGACAAAAAACUAUUUGGAAGUGGUUGCCGCGAGUUGUCACUGUUUCCAUGUACUUUGUCAUACAUCGGUAUCGACGUGUAAAUUCUGGUUAAGUUACAAAAGUAAGGUUUCAUCAAGCUUGUGUUGGUUAAAGUGAAACUAUGGUUGUUUCGUGAGGUGAGGUUUUAUAUGCUGUUCGUUAAUUCAGUGCUGGAUAUGGAAGGAAUGCUUUGGAGGUGAAAAAUGUGCAAGAAUAUUUUCUACGUGAAAUCUGUCAGGAAAAAGUGGAGUACGAAAUAGAUCGGCAGGAUGUCAAGCGGGGGUUGCUCCGGGCCGGGGGUGUGCGGGGGAGCGCGGCGCCGGCCCCCGCCUCCGCCGGAGCCCGCGCUCUCCCUCGCCGCGGACCUCAGCGAGCUGAGUCUGGACCAGGGCUACCAUACGCUGGCGGACUGCGGCCCGCCCAGGCGGAGAAGAGAUAACACGCUCAGUGAUGCACUCUGGUUGAGGAUACUGUCGUAUUUAGAUAUAUCAGAGCUAUGCCGCAUGUCACGCGUGUGUCGCCGCUGGGCCCGGUUCGCGGCAAGGCUGGCGGCGCAACCGGAGCCAUGGCGACGGGUGCGCGCAGCCGGCGCCCUGGAGCUGGCAGCGCGCUGCGCCGGCGCACGCGCUGGUCCCUGCGUCACCGCUGUAAGGGAGUGGCGGAUAAAGAAUUGUAUGGUGACGGUAGCCGGGGCACAACUCCUAGCUGCGUCGUUCAGGAAUCUGACUCACCUAGCAAUCACUGGCGCGGCCAGUAUGGACGCCAGAGCACUCGCGCCUAUCGUCACGGACCUGGUCGAUUUAAGGCAUCUUGAUCUUACGGGGUGUCCGAACGUCGACUGGCCAGAAUGGGCGUGGCUGGAGAGCCGGCUAGCAACGCGGAGGCCUCCCGUGGAAUACAUAGAUCUGACGGACUGCAGCAGCGUGAGUGAUGCUGGUCUGUGCGCGUUGCUGCACACCUGCCCUUCCCUGCAGUAUCUCUACCUUAGACGGUGUACUCUAAUUCUAGCACGUUGCUGUCCUAACCUAAAGAAGCUAGCACUGCGCGGCUGUGAACUAGUCGGUGACGAUGGACUGGAGGCUGUAGCGUACUACUGCCGCGGUCUCACACAACUCAAUAUACAGGACACGCCUGUCACGCUGCGCGGAUAUCGCGCUGUUAAAAAGUACUGCAAGCGAUGUGUUAUAGAACACACCAAUCCUGGAUUCUGCUGACGACGUGAGAAUAUACUAAAGUGGUAGAUUACAGAAUCGAAAACAUCCUUCUGUUUUUGGUAAUAAGGGUGUGCAUUCACUGAAGUGGUAGAACAUAAUACAUGGUGUUCAAACUGUAAGUAAUCCAUGGAAUGUUUUCUAAGGGGUGUUUAUAAAAUAAGUGAUAGUUUUUGAUUAUAGAGUGAGAGACUAAAGGGCGAUGGAUUUCUGUAGAACGAUAAAGGUGUACACACACUGAAAGCAAAUAAGAUUGUAAAUACAAGAGACAUUUUUUAUAAGGUGUGCACACACUAAUGUGAUUUUUUUUCCAUCAAGGAAUCUUCAAUUUGUAUGCGAUGUUUGACGUAUAAAAUUGACUAUUCGCGUAUAGCGUAGAGACGUCAAUUUACUUUAUAUUACAGUAUUACAAUAAGUCACAAUGACUAUGGAGUUUGUGUCUGCCAAAAUUCAAGUCACGUAAAUUCACUUCCCGUCCGAAUAAGCCGCUGUGAAAAACGGACCCCGAGGGUUGUUUACUGUUAAAAAUAUCUUUGCGUUGUCAAUACCAGGCUAAAAAGAGACAUAUAUAAAAUAUUGAUGUCUCUUUCUAGCAUGUUAUACCAAUUUUUUUAGAAUUGCGUAUUUUUUUUGACAGUGAAAUAUUCAAGGUCGAGUUUUAGAAAUAUUCUGGAUACUAAUCGUUUAAUUUCUUUCUUUAUACAAGUAUAAUUUUAUAAUUGAAUUAAAGGGUUAAAAGCUUUAAUUCUGUAUAAAAAGCUCAUUGUAUACUGCGGUAAUGUCAGCGUCAGAGAACAAAGCUUUUAUAUCAAAAGCUUUUUAAAUAAAAGCUCGUGUUCAUGACGCGUUUUAAAUUAUUUAAAGUUGAAUACUAUUUGUUCAAGAGAAAUUGACGGGUUAAAAUGUAACUUAUUUUCCAAUAUUCGUCGUUUUAAAGGUUUAAAUUUGAUGUAUUGUGCUACAGGAUGAUAUGCGGGAUUUUAAUUACGAAAAGGUACAUGGUGUUGUAUUUUACGAAUACAAAAAGAUUGGGAGCAAUGUGCAAAAAAUGUUUAUUUAAAGUUAAUUAGUUCUCAAUUUGGAGUGAAUAUGAAUGGUCUAAAAUCUUGAAUUUUAAUAUAAUAAAUUUCCAUUUAUCCAUAUGUAAAUAAUAUAAGAAUAUACAAUUUUUGUAUU